UUGCGGGCUAGUAAUUGGCAAUCAAACUCACUAAUCGGGCCUUCUCACUUGAUCACGGCUUUGUCGGUUCUUCUCCAUUAUAUGCUCAUCGGAUUCUGCCUCAGCGGAGUGGUAUAUAAACAAGCAACGGUUCUCUUCCCUCGCCAUCCUCCAUUGCAACAUUGCCUUCACGAGUCACGACUGAUCUUAUCUACCGCCGUAGUAUUUUUUCGAGAUUUUCCCACUCCUAGUCCUUGCGUGACAUUGCUUCCCACGAGUUGCAAUCAAACAUGUCAUCCCGUUUGACUCUAUUGGCGUGCAUCGGCGCGCUGUUCGCCGGUGCCGCCGCUGCUGUUCCGCCGGCAACAUACGUCUUCGGGGACUCGCUCGUCGACGCCGGCAACAAUAACUACAUCGCCACGCUGUCCCGGGCGAACUAUGCCCCCAACGGCAUCGAUUUCGACGGCCACCAGCCCACCGGCCGGUACACCAACGGCCGGACCAUCGUCGACAUACUAGGGCAAGAGAUAGGGCUAGGAGGGUUUGUGCCGCCCUACCUGGACCCAAACACCACCGGCGACGUCCUGUUCAGAGGCGUCAACUACGCGUCCGGCGGCGGGGGCAUACUGAACCAGACCGGGAGCAUCUUCGGUGGGCGUAUAAACCUGGAUGCGCAGAUUGACAACUACGCCAAGAACCGGCGCGACAUGAUGACACAGCGCGGGGAGGUGGCAGCGGUGAGCCGGCUGAGGGGCGCGCUCUUCUCGGUCACCAUGGGCUCGAAUGACUUCAUCAACAACUACCUCGUCCCCAUCCUCUCCGUGCCGGAGCGCGCCGCCACGCCCCCGGAGGCCUUCAUCAACGGCAUGAUCGCCAAGUACCGGCAGCAGCUCAUCAGGCUGUACCUUCUGGACGCCCGUAAGAUCGUGGUGGUGAACGUGGGGCCGAUCGGCUGCAUCCCGUACCUGAGGGACAUCAUGACCACCGGGGCCGGGGCCGGGGCCGGGGCGUGUGCCGAGUUCCCGAACCAGCUGGCCCAGUCCUUCAACCGCAAGCUGCGAGGCGUGGUGAGCGAGCUGGGCGCCGGCCUCGGCGGCUCGCGCUUCGUCUACGCCGACGUCUACCGCAUCGUGUCCGACAUCAUCGCCAAUUACAAGUCCAACGGGUUCGAGGUGGCGGACUCGGCGUGCUGCUUCGUGGGCGGGCGGUUCGGCGGGCUGGCGCCAUGCGGACCCACGUCCAGCUACUGCGCGGACAGGUCCAAGUACGUGUUCUGGGACGCCUACCACCCCAGCGACGCCGCCAACGCGCUCAUAGCCAGCCGCAUCCUCGACGGCGACCCGGCAGAUAUCUCCCCAGUCAACGUGCGCCAGCUGCUCUUCGACGAUGCUUAGCUUAAAAUCUUACCUUACUGUAUCUUAAAAUCUUAGAACCCAGGAAAAUAGCAGACUGGCCGCUGUCUUGGAAGUUCUUCGUCCUAUUUGUUCAGAUUGCCUACCCCUAUUCUCGCAGUUUUCUUUUAGGCAAUGCUCGUAGUAUUGUCGAACUCAUCGGAUAAUCGAUCGCGUGCGACAAGCCACAAGCCCAUGUUGUGAUCUAACGAAGACGUGCAGUUUCGGCUGUGACGCCGGCGUUGCAGUAAAAAGAAAAAUUGAAACGGA